CGUCAUAUUGGCGGGAAGUCGACGCUACGUCACGCAGAAAGUGCCGGGGUUUUAAAAACAUCUGAAAGCGUGUAGCCCGCUAGCUGAGAGGCUGUGCUGCUCCUUAAUCCAACAAUGGCGACGUCUUCUUUCUCAAGGGGCUGCUUCGUUUUUAAACCCAGUGCCAAAAAGAAGAAGAAGAUGACUGUGGGUCUGGAAAGGUACUUCACCCAUGGUUCUGAAGGUUCCGAGAGCAGCGAAGUGCGCUUCAAGAUCUGUUUGGAUCUGUGGAACAAAGUCAAAAUGGAGACAGAGGCUUUGCAGGAAGAGCUCAACAGAAACAUUUUGGACAGCUUGCUGGAGUUUACCAGGAAGUCCUCCUCCACCCGUGAUCACAGCGACUGGGCAUCACAGAUGAAGGCCAGUGAGAUUCCCACUGCUGCGCUUGUGCUGGGUGUGAACAUCCCAGACCAUGACAUGACCUUCCAGAGUCUGUCUGACCUGCUCAGGCAUUCUGUCACGCCUCUCGUGGCGUCCUUACAGGCCAAAGAUUGUGGAGCCUUGAAACAUCUGCUGAAACGGGUCCUUGAGAGACUGAUGGGUACUGUUGUGGCUGUGGGCGAUGAAGAAGAGGAGGAGCUUCAGCAGACCGAUCCUGAGCUCCAAAAGAGCGUUCACUGCUCUCUUACUGCUCUCUGUGACUGGUACAUCUCAAAAACAAAGAAGUCCAGCUGUAGGACUCCUGGAAAGAAGCGCAGCUCCUCCGUUGUUGGUGGGCAGCAUCAGCAGCCUCCUGUUGUGAUCAUUUUCAAAGAUCUGGAAGCUUUUAACCCAAGAGUUCUUCAGGACUUCAUUCUGAUCUGCAGUCGGUACAUUCAACGCCUCCCGCUGAUGUUCAUCUUCGGGAUCGCCACGUCGCCCAGCGCCGUCCAGCACGUGCUGCCUCACUCCGUGUCCUCGCUGCUCUGCGUCGAGCUCUUCCAGUCCCUGUCCUGCAGGGAGCACCUCGCCACCGUCAUCGACCAGCUGAUCCUGACGUCCUCCUUUCCAUUUAAGCUCAGCGGGAAAGUGAUGCAGGUGCUGGUCAGCAUCUUCCUGUACCACGAUUUCUCAGUCAGAAACUUCAUAAAGGGUCUUCAGCUGGCCCUGCUGGAGCACUUCCACUCCCAGCCUCUCAGCUCACUGUGCUGCAGGACGAAUGAGGCUCAGCUUAAUGUGCGGCAGCUCGGUCCCGCCGACUUGGAGCGGAUCAGGCAGCUGCCGUCAUUCAAGAGGUAUCUGAAGGAGCAAGAAGAACAGGACAAUCUAAUGACAGACGACGCUCAUUUGAAGGAUGUGUGUCAGAAACUGAUAAAGGAUCUUCAUAAAUACCACAAGAACUAUUAUCCCAUCCUGCGUUGUCUCCACUGUCUGACCUCCUCGUUACCUCGUUAUCCUCUGGGCAAACAGAUCAGAGAGCUCCAUUUGAUUUGUCUGGAGAAGAAUGUGUGGGAGAGUGAAGAUUACCAGUCAGCCAUGAUGCUUUUAAAGAUGCUGGCCAAAGAUGAGCUGAUUUCUUUGCUUCAGACGUGUGCAGAGGUUCUGCAGCCGGUCAGGUCAAAGAAGAUGAAGAACGCUCUUGUCCAACUGGAGGAGCUACUUGCCAAAUUGAAGCUGCUGGACGCUGCUGCUGAAGUGGCCCCCGGUGUGGAGGAAAACCUCACCGCUCCAGUCAGAAAUCUUCAAAAGAAAACGGAUCUGUUCCAGCUGCAGAAGAUGCUGCUAGAGAUGAACGAGUCCCGGAGGUCCAAGAGAACGAGUCCCUUUGAGAUUCUCAGAAAUGAAGCCGUGGAGUUUGUUGACAGUUUAGUCAAAAAUCAUCUGUCGCCGCCAGAGUCCAAGCCCCUGUAUGAAGUGUGCUACUACACUUCCUCUGCCACCGUGAGGCGCCACCUGAACGCAACACCUCGCACCUCCAUUCAGGCUGCACUCAGCAACCCCUACAGCUACAUUCAGAAUGACAGCUUGAAGACGGAGGACGGGACGGUGUCGAAUGCGGCUCCAGACAUCUGUGUUGCAUACAAGCUGCACCUGGAGUGUGGCAGGCUGAUCAACCUCUACGACUGGCUAGAGGCCUACUCCACUGUUGUUUCUGCUGCAGAGGGUUCUAAUCCAGAUUCAGAUGGCUGUGGGAAGGUGGAUGAAGUCAAACACGCUCGUUUUAUCCGUGCCGUGUCAGAGCUGGAAUUCCUGGGUUUCGUCAAAGCAACCAGGAAGAAGACGGAUCAUGUGGCCCGACUCACCUGGGGAGGCUGCUGAUCGAGUUCUGCUGUUAUUUUGCUCUCAUGGACAUUUUGGGUCUGUUUCUAACAGUUGCAUUUUUUUGUCAGUCUAAAUGAACUUUUGUGAUACUGUGCUGUGAAGUAUUUACCUGCACCCAAAUGUCUUUUAUUGUUGAUUUGUUUUUUGCAAACUUAAACAGAUUUUAACAUCAAAAAUAAGCUGAUUAAAUAUAAAAAGCAGCUUUCCA